AUGUCAGAAUCGUAUACAUCAUCUACGAUACCGAUGGGGUUCACGCCCCAUCAUGAUACAGGUGCAAAGCAUAGUCUUGAAGCUCGAACCCCUCAAGGUUCAGACGACGAUAUUGAAGGCUCGCCAAUCAUCAAUUGCAUGAUAGCUGGUGGCCUCGGAGGAAUGGUUGGAGAUACCCUGAUGCAUUCUCUCGAUACCGUUAAAACGAGACAGCAAGGAUUGGCUCAUAAUAUAAAAUACCGAAACAUGAUUCCCGCAUAUAUAACCAUGUUUAAAGAGGAAGGUUUUUUCCGAGGUCUUUAUGGUGGCUAUAGCCCUGCCAUUUUGGGCUCGUUGCCUUCAACGGCUGCAUUCUUCGGUACCUAUGAGUACAGUAAGCGUAAGAUGAUCAAUGAUUUUGGCGUGAAUGAAACAGUGGCAUACUUUUUCGCAGGUGUAUUUGGAGACCUUGCAUCCAGUGUUUUUUACGUACCCAGCGAAGUGUUAAAGACUCGUCUCCAGCUCCAGGGAAGCUAUAACAAUCCCUAUUCUGGAUCGCAAUAUAAUUAUAGAGGUCUUGCGGAUGCAAUCAAGACAAUAACUAGAACGGAGGGUCCGGGCGUGUUCGUAUACGGUUACAAAGAAACUUUGUUCAGAGACUUACCGUUCAGCGCUUUACAGUUUGCAUUUUAUGAGCGGUUUCGCCAACUAGCUAUUUAUUACAAUCGGGACGAUGACCUACCCAUUUCCACUGAGUUGCUCACUGGCGCUGCCGCUGGUGGUUUAGCUGGAACAUUGACAACCCCUCUUGAUGUCAUAAAAACUCGCAUCCAGACUGCAACUCCACAAGAAGGUGCCGAUGUCUCCAAAGGCUCAGUGGCCACUCUUUCGACUAUCAAAGCUCUUCGUUCUAUCUACAAACAAGAGGGCAUUCUUGGCUUGUUUUCCGGUGUUGGUCCUCGAUUUAUUUGGACUGGUGUACAAAGUUCCAUUAUGCUUUUGUUAUACCAGGUGUCGCUUCGAAAGCUUGAUUCCUACUUUAAUAAUGGGUUUGCUUAA